UUGAUGCUGGAGAGUUCUUACACAUAAGAUCCCGAAUUUUUACGAGUCUUUUUACAUUUCAAAAUCUUCCAAAAAUAAUCAUCGCUUUUACAGGAAAGAAAUUCGUCAAAAAUCUUUCCCUUUCCUGUUGACACACAUGUUUUAAGAUUUAACGCAGUCCAGUCACGCCCAAAUCCGCAUUAGCUUCCUUACCCGUCAACACCUCUAUCUCUCUCUCCAUUACUCAACUCACAGGCAUCUUGAAUUGCUGCUCUCUUUCUUUUCUCUCUUCUUAUUUUUCUUUUCUCUCCUUUUUCACUUACUUGGAUAAAGAUAGUUUUUGUUUUGGCCUCUCUUCAUUUCCAAAUUUUGGAGCUAAUUUUCAUGGGACUGUUACUGCUCUAGUACAAAUGGGUUCUCUAGAGAAUGGGGGUUCGUUGAAGAGAGAGAGUCUUCUACGUUCUUCUUCAGCUGGUAGAAAUGAAAGACACCCAUUUUUGCAAAGACCCAGAUCAAGAUUUUCACGUUUCUUGCUUUUUAAGAAGCUAGAUUAUCUCCAAUGGAUUUGUACUGUUGCUGUUUUUCUAUUCUUUGUUGUUCUUUUCCAGAUGUUUUUACCGGGUUCUAUGAUUGAUAAAUCAGAGGUUUCUUUGAAGAAACUUGAGAUUGUACCUGGGGAUUUAUUGUAUUUGAAAGCAAUGGGUACUUUGGAUUUUGGUGAAGAUGUCCAGUUUCAGCCUUUAAAGCUUUUAGAGAAAUUCCAAAAGGAAAAUAGAGAGGUCAAUCUAACAUCUUCUGCUUUUAAUAGGACUCUACUACGUUUUGGAUACAGGAAACCCCAGCUUGCGUUGGUGUUUGCGGAUCUGUUAGCUGAUCCACAGCAGCUGCUUAUGGUGACUGUUGCAACUGCAUUGCAGGAGAUUGGUUAUGCAAUUCAGGUUUUUUCAGUCAAUGAUGGUCCUGUGCAUGAUAUAUGGAAGAGAAUAGGAGUCCCGGUCACGAUCUUCCAGACAAACCACAAGAUGGAGAUAGCUGUUGAUUGGCUAAUUUUUGAUAGCAUAAUUGUAAAUUCUCUUGAGGCCAAGGUUGUUUUUCCGUGUUUUAUGCAGGAACCAUUCAAGUCCAUACCUCUUAUAUGGACCAUUCAUGAAAAAACACUUGGUAUUCGUUCUAGACAGUACAUUUCGAAUGGGCAAAUUGAACUUGUGAGUGACUGGAAAAGAGUUUUCAACCGGGCCACUGUAGUUGUCUUCCCAAACCAUGUCCUACCGAUGAUGUACUCUGCAUUUGAUGCUGAAAAUUAUUACGUUAUUCCGGGUUCUCCUGCUGAAGUGUGGGAAGCAGAAGCUAUGGCAGCAGUUUACAAAGAUAGUAUUCGUAUGAAGAUGGGUUACAGGCCUGAUGAUAUUAUCAUUGCAAUUGUAGGAAGUCAAUUUCUGUAUAGGGGCUUGUGGCUGGAGCAUGCACUCAUUUUGCAGGCUUUAUCACCACUUUUUUCAGACUUCUCAUUUGAUGAUAAUUCAAAUCCUCAUCUCAAGAUCAUUGUUUUAAGUGGGAAUUCAACUAGUAACUACAGUGUGGCUAUUGAGGCAAUUGCUAUUAACUUACAUUAUCCCAUAGGUGCUGUAAAGCAUAUAGCUAUUGAUGGGGAUGUAGGCAGUUUUCUAACUGCAGCUGAUAUUGUGACAUAUGGGUCCUUCCAUGAUGGGCAAUCUUUUCCAGAAAUGUUGAUGAAAGCCAUGUGCAUGGAGAAACCCAUCAUAGCGCCAGAUCUUUCCGUGAUCAGGAAAUAUGUUGAUGACAGGGUGAAUGGUUAUAUUUUCCCUAAGGAGAACAUCCGGGUUCUGACACAGAUUAUUUUACAAGUGAUUUCAAAAGGAAAAUUAUCACCUCUAGCUCGCAACAUUGCUUCAAUAGGAAAAGGUACUGCUAAAAAUUUGAUGGUUGCGGAAGCUGUUGAAGGUUACGCUUCUUUACUUGAAAGCAUUAUCAAGCUCCCUUCAGAAGUUGCACCUCCUAAGGCUGUUGCGCAGAUUCCUCCAAAAUUAAAAGAAGAAUGGAGUUGGCAUCUAUUUGAAGCAUUUUUAAAUUCGACAUAUGAAGAUAGAGUUUUGACAAGUUCUCGAUUCUUAAUCAAGGUUGAGGAGCAGUGGAACCAUAGUCAAAGAGAAAUCUCUAGUUCUAUAGCUUCUAAUGAUGAGUCUUUCUCAUAUGAUAUUUGGGAAGAAGAGAAAAACAUUCAGAUUCUUAAUGCAAAAAAGAGAAGAGAGGAACAAGAGCUAAAAGAUCGAACCGAUCAACCUCAUGGUACAUGGGAGGAAGUAUAUCGAAGUACCAAAAGGGCUGAUCGAACUAGAAAUGAUUUACAUGAAAGGGAUGAAGGGGAGCUUGAGAGGACAGGUCAACCAUUGUGCAUAUAUGAACCAUAUCUCGGGGAAGCGACCUGGUCUUUUCUUCAUAGUAGUUCACUUUAUCGCGGAGUAGGGUUGUCCACGAAAGGUAGAAGACCCAGGACAGAUGAUGUUGAUGCACCCUCCCGUCUACCACUUCUUAGCAGUCCAUACUAUCGAGAUGCUCUUGGUGAAUAUGGAGCAUUUUUUGCAAUUGCAAAUCGGAUAGAUCGGAUUCACAAGAAUGCUUGGAUAGGGUUUCAAUCUUGGAGGGCAACAGCGAGGAAGGCCUCCUUAUCUCGGACUGCUGAAAGGGCAUUAUUAAAUGCAAUUGAAACACGGAGGCAUGGGGAUACACUCUACUUCUGGGUUCGUAUGGACACAGAUCCAAGAAACCGUUUGCAACAGGAUUUUUGGUCAUUCUGUGAUACUAUCAAUGCUGGCAAUUGCAAGUGGGCAUUUUCUGAGGCGUUUAAGAGGAUGUAUGGCAUCAACCAAAAUCUGGAUACUUUACCACCUAUGCCUAGUGAUGGGGACACAUGGUCUGUCAUGCUGAGUUGGGCUUUGCCAACCAGGUCUUUUCUAGAAUUUGUGAUGUUUUCGAGAAUCUUUGUAGAUGCAUUGGAUGCGCAAAUAUAUGAUCUGCACCACCAGAAUGGGCAUUGUUAUCUGAGUUUAACGAAGGAUAAGCAUUGCUACUCGCGAGUUCUUGAGCUGCUCAUAAAUGUCUGGGCAUAUCACAGUGCAAGGCAGAUGGUGUAUGUGAAUCCUGAGACUGGUCUGAUGCAAGAGCAGCACAGGAUCAAGAGCCGCAGGGGCAAGAUGUGGGUCAAGUGGUUCUCAUACACUACCCUAAAGAGCAUGGAUGAGGACUUGGCUGAGGAGGCAGAUUCUGACCAUCCCAAGAGAAGGUGGUUAUGGCCAUCUACUGGGGAGGUAUUCUGGCAAGGUGUUUUUGAGAAAGAGAGAAAUCUUCGUAAUCAGCAAAAAGAGAGGAGGAGGCAACAAAGUAAGGACAAACUGAAGAGGAUGAAGAGUAAACACCGACAAAAGGUAAUAGGGAAAUAUGUGAAACCACCGCCAGAAGACUUAGAAAAUUCAAAUUCAACAAUGUUUACAUCGAAGCUAUUAUAGAUUGAGAUUCCUCUUUUGCAGCCUUGAAAAUAGGAUUUAGUUUGAUAAUUCUUUUAUUUUUGAUUUUUCCCUGGAGUUCUCAUCUUUUGCAGAAGUAUCUUGUAUAUGAGGGGUUUGUAUGUAACUUGUGCAUCCUUAUUGAUUAAUUCCACAGGAUGUCUGAAAUGUAUACUAGUUUCCGAGUUUGUUGUA